UCACAGCGCAAAGCUGCUUCUUCGCCUUCCUCUUCCGCACUCUUUGUGCUUCAUCUGACAGGGGAAGAAAGACAUCUUACUGAGAAAAACUGGCUUCACAAAAGAGACUGAAUUCCAGCUUUAAAGGCUGCCUAGAGACAACUGCGGCAGAAAUGGGCCUCAAGCACACCAAACACUCCACGGUCAAACAAGCCAAUAUACCAAUGUUAGGACUUGAUUCUGCUGGGAAAUCUACGCUGUUGUACAAGUUCAGGUCUAAUGAUGUUUUUCUAACAAUUCCAACAAUUGGCUUUAAUGUUGAUAUGAUUGAAACUGGGAAGGAUUUUACAUUGACAUUUUGGGAUGUUGGAGGACAACAGAAAAUGAGACAGGCUUGGUGCAAUUUCCUGGAAAAUGCAGAUGGACUGCUAUAUGUUGUGGACAGCUCUGAUAAGCAACGUCUGGAAGAAUCAAAGAAAGAAUUUGAACUCAUUUUAAAGAAUGAAUUUCUAAAACGGGUACCAGUCAUCAUGCUAGCUAACAAGCAGGAUUUGCCUGGGGCUUUGAAUGCUGAGGAAAUAACAAAGAGAUUCAACAUGAAGAAGUACUGCAGUGACAGGAAUUGGUAUGUGCAGCCCUGUUGUGCCGUCACAGGACAAGGUUUGUCCGAAGCACUUCAAAGGCUAACCGUGUUUGUAAAACACUACAGCAGAUUAAAGGAGACUUCUGCCAUCGUCAAGGAAAGCAAAACACUAUGCUUCUGAGAUACUACUCGCUGCAUUUUAUCAGUGAUAGUAUACUCAAGUUAUUCAGCUGAGAAGUGUGGCUGUUGAAUGAUGAAAAAGGUGGAGCUGAGCUUCUGAAUUUUAGCAUGUGGAAACAAAAUGGGUGAGCAGUGCUUAGAAUGCUUAAAUCAAGUAAUUUUCUCAAGAUGCAAAAUAGCCAAGUCAUGCUAUGAUAAAUCAUGAGAUUUAAUAAAUGCUCUGUGGAUGUAUUUCUCGUGUAAAAAUGUAGUCAUUUUAGAUCUUAAACUCUUAGUUUCCUACAAAUAAACCUAUGAAUCUGAAA